UGCCAUCACCUGCACUACUGUCCCGAAGUUUCUACAACUGUCUAAGAGGACGUUCGCCAUCUUCAAAAUGAUGUUACUAGCACCUGUGCUGCUCCUCGCGGGAACUCUGGCGGCGAAGACUGAAGACAUGCGGAGUGUCGCUUACGCCAGCAACAACUUCACCGUGAGGUUCGCCCAGUACCUGAAGAAGGCCUCGCCAGACAAAAAUAUGGUGUUCUCGUCGGUGUCGGCCUCCACCGUGCUGGCGGGACUGGCCGAGGGCGCCGCCGGAAACACCCGAGCCCAGCUGCUGUCCGCCCUCGGCCUGGCCGACGACGACGACCUCAUCAGGAGCGGCUACCGCAGCAUGAUCGCCUCGUACGACGCCUCCACGAAAGCCAACGUGACCCUGAACAUGGCCGAUGCUUUCUUCGUGGCCACUGGUUUCACUCCGAAGGCCAGCUUCGUGAGCAUGAUGCGGAGCGACUUCCAGUCCCUGGUGCAGACCGUGGACUUCUCUGCUUCUCCCGAGGCCCGGAUCAACAGCUGGGUGUCCGAGCACACGAGCGGCAAGAUACAGAAGCUGUACGAGACAGGAGACCUGUCCCCCAGCACGUAUCUGGUGCUGGCCAACGCCGUGUACUUCAAGGGCGUCUGGAAGACCUCCUUCAGAAAGAGCUUCACGUCGCAGCAGCCGUUCCACCUGAGCAGCGGGAAGACCGUCACCGUGGACAUGAUGACGACCACCUCGACCUUCGUCGUCUACUCGGACAGCUCCUUGGGCGCCCAAGUGCUGGAUAUCCCUUACUCGGGCGGUGAAUUGAAAAUGGUGAUCGUCCUACCCAAUGCAGUUGAUGGGCUGGAAAAAACCAUACAAAAUUUAAAAGAUGUACCAACGCCAGGGAGCUCAGCCUCUGCUUUGAAAUACAACAUUUUUAUCCCAAAAUUCAAAAUCACUUCAAGCAUAAUGGUUGAUGAGAUGAUCCAAUCAUUCGGCGUGACAGAUGCGUUCUCCGGCAGUGCCGACUUCUCCAGGAUCUCCGACGAAAGCAUCAAUCUGAGCUCCGUGAAGCAGAAGGCCUUCCUGGAGGUGAACGAAGAAGGCACCGAGGCAGCGGCCGUCACGGGAGCCGCCGUUAACGGACCGGGUCCUGUGAACCCGGAUGAGACGCCGUCGUUCACAGUGGACCAUCCUUUCCUGUACUUCAUCGUGCACGUGCCCACCGAGACCGCUGUCUUCUCCGGCUUCGUCGUGGAUCCUUAGGCCGACGUCUUCACGAAACUGUUCAGUCCACGUGGCCUAAUAUAUUACAUGUAUUCCAAAAUCAGGUCCAAUAAGGAAUUAUGUUCUUGUGCAGAGACAAACUGAACUUGUAAACACUGUGAUAGUUCAAUGUCUGUAGAAAUAAAAUUAAAAUAAAUUCAGCUCAUUAAA